AUGAAUUGUUUCGUAUUAUUAAUAUUUACAUUCUUCGCCUAUUUAUCGGUCUCUAAUGCCAUCACAUACUGUCCACUGCGAGAGACGGCCACCACUAAGUUGGAUGCGACCAAAACCAAGAACUAUUACGAGUGUCCAGGUCAUCUGCCCAAACAUUACAGUGAAUGCUGUAAUGAUAACCGAUGCUGUCCUUCGCUAACCACCAGCAUCUAUGAAAUCGACCAAAAGUAA